UUUCCCAGGUACCAUGAAGGUUCCUGUUGUAAAAGAAGAUGAUGAACCAGAGGAAGAAGACGAAGAAGAAAUGGGUCAUGCAGAAACCUAUGCAGAAUACAUGCCAAUAAAAUUAAAAAUUGGCUUGCGUCAUCCAGAUGCUGUAGUGGAAACUAGCUCUUUAUCCAGUGUUACUCCUCCUGAUGUUUGGUACAAAACAUCCAUUUCUGAGGAAACCAUUGAUAAUGGCUGGUUAUCAGCAUUGCAGCUUGAGGCAAUUACAUAUGCAGCCCAGCAACAUGAAACUUUCCUACCUAAUGGAGAUCGUGCUGGCUUCUUAAUAGGUGAUGGUGCUGGUGUAGGAAAAGGAAGGACGAUAGCAGGAAUCAUCUAUGAAAAUUAUUUGUUGAGUAGAAAACGAGCAUUGUGGUUUAGUGUUUCAAAUGACUUAAAGUAUGAUGCUGAAAGAGAUUUAAGGGAUAUUGGAGCAAAAAACAUUUUGGUUCAUUCAUUAAAUAAGUUUAAAUAUGGAAAAAUUUCUUCCAAACAUAAUGGGAGUGUGAAAAAGGGUGUUAUUUUUGCUACUUACUCUUCACUUAUUGGUGAAAGCCAGUCUGGCGGCAAGUACAAAACUAGGUUAAAACAACUUCUGCAUUGGUGUGGUGAUGACUUCGAUGGAGUGAUAGUGUUUGAUGAGUGUCAUAAAGCCAAAAACUUAUGUCCUGUUGGUUCUUCAAAGCCAACCAAGACAGGCUUAGCAGUUUUAGAGCUUCAGAACAAAUUGCCAAAAGCCAGAGUUGUUUAUGCUAGUGCAACUGGUGCUUCUGAACCACGCAACAUGGCCUAUAUGAACCGUCUUGGCAUAUGGGGUGAGGGUACUCCAUUUAGAGAAUUCAGUGAUUUUAUUCAAGCAGUAGAACGGAGAGGAGUUGGUGCCAUGGAAAUAGUUGCUAUGGAUAUGAAGCUUAGAGGAAUGUACAUUGCUCGACAGCUGAGCUUUACUGGAGUGACCUUCAAAAUUGAGGAAGUUCUUCUUUCUCAGAGCUAUGUUAAAAUGUAUAACAAAGCCGUCAAGCUGUGGGUCAUCGCCAGAGAGCGGUUUCAGCAAGCUGCAGAUCUGAUUGAUGCCGAGCAACGAAUGAAGAAGUCCAUGUGGGGUCAGUUCUGGUCUGCUCACCAGAGGUUCUUCAAAUACUUAUGCAUAGCAUCCAAAGUUAAAAGGGUUGUGCAACUAGCUCGAGAGGAAAUCAAGAAUGGAAAAUGUGUUGUAAUUGGUCUACAGUCUACAGGAGAAGCUAGAACAUUAGAAGCUUUGGAAGAGGGCGGGGGAGAAUUGAAUGAUUUUGUUUCAACUGCCAAAGGUGUGUUGCAGUCACUCAUUGAAAAACAUUUUCCUGCUCCAGACAGGAAAAAACUUUAUAGUUUGCUAGGAAUCGAUUUGACAGCUCCAAGUAACAACAGUUCACCAAGAGAUAGUCCUUGUAAAGAAAAUAAAAUAAAGAAGCGGAAAGGUGAAGAAAUAACUCGAGAAGCCAAAAAAGCACGAAAAGUAGGUGGCCUUACUGGUAGCAGUUCUGAUGACAGUGGAAGUGAAUCUGAUGCCUCUGAUAAUGAAGAAAGUGACUAUGAGAGCUCUAAAAACAUGAGUUCUGGAGAUGAUGACGAUUUCAACCCAUUUAGAGAUGAGUCUAGUGAGGAUGAUGAAAAUGAUCCCUGGUUAAUCAGAAAAGACCACAAGAAAAACAAAGAGAAAAAAAAGAAGAAAAGUAUAGAUCCAGAUUCUAUUCAAAGUGCCUUAUUAGCAUCAGGUCUUGGAUCAAAACGACCUAGUUUUUCAUCUACACCAGUUAUCUCACCUGCUCCUAACAGUACACCAGCUAACAGUAACACCAACAGUAACAAUAGCCUUAUAACAAGUCAGGAUGCUGUGGAAAGGGCUCAGCAGAUGAAGAAAGACCUGCUUGAUAAGUUAGAAAAAUUAGCUGAAGACCUCCCCCCUAAUACCCUGGAUGAACUUAUCGAUGAACUUGGUGGCCCUGAGAACGUUGCUGAGAUGACCGGUCGCAAGGGACGGGUUGUGAGCAACGAUGAUGGAAGCAUAUCUUAUGAGUCAAGAUCUGAACUUGAUGUGCCUGUGGAAAUACUAAACAUCACAGAAAAACAACGAUUUAUGGAUGGAGAUAAGAAUAUUGCUAUCAUCUCAGAAGCUGCCAGCUCAGGUAUUUCAUUACAAGCAGAUAGGAGAGCUAAAAAUCAAAGACGAAGAGUUCAUAUGACUUUAGAAUUACCCUGGAGCGCUGAUAGAGCAAUUCAGCAAUUCGGACGAACUCAUAGAUCAAACCAAGUGACUGCUCCUGAAUAUGUCUUUCUGAUUUCUGAACUGGCAGGAGAACAAAGAUUUGCAUCUAUUGUUGCUAAAAGACUUGAGAGUUUGGGGGCACUUACACAUGGCGAUAGAAGAGCAACAGAAUCUAGGGAUCUGAGCAGGUUCAACUUUGAUAAUAAGUAUGGAAGAAAUGCUUUAGAAAUUGUCAUGAAAUCCAUUGUAAACUUGGAUUCUCCUAUGGUAUCACCACCUCCAGACUAUCCUGGAGAAUUUUUUAAAGAUGUUCGACAAGGACUGAUAGGAGUUGGUCUGAUAAAUGUAGAAGAUCGCUCGGGAAUUCUUACUCUCGAUAAAGAUUAUAACAACAUAGGGAAAUUCUUAAAUAGAAUUUUAGGCAUGGAGGUACAUCAGCAGAACGCAUUAUUUCAGUAUUUUGCGGACACACUUACUGCAGUUGUUCAAAAUGCCAAAAAAAAUGGAAGAUACGAUAUGGGAAUCUUAGAUCUUGGUUCUGGAGAUGAAAAGGUGAGGAAGAGUGAUGUUAAAAAGUUUCUGACUCCAGGGUAUUCAACCUCUGGCCACGUAGAAUUAUACACAAUUAGUGUAGAGAGGGGAAUGUCAUGGGAGGAAGCUACCAAGAUUUGGGCUGAGCUGACAGGACCAGACGAUGGCUUUUACUUGUCAUUGCAAAUAAGGAACAACAAGAAAACUGCCAUCUUAGUUAAAGAAGUGAAUCCUAAAAAGAAACUUUUCUUAGUUUAUCGACCAAAUACUGGGAAACAGCUCAAAUUAGAAAUUUAUGCUGAUCUAAAAAAGAAAUAUAAGAAGGUCGUCUCAGAUGAUGCCCUGAUGCACUGGUUAGAUCAGUAUAAUUCAUCUGCAGAUACUUGUACUCAUGCUUAUUGGCGUGGCAAUUGCAAAAAAGCAAGCUUGGGGUUAGUUUGUGAAAUAGGUCUUCGUUGCCGUACAUACUAUGUAUUAUGUGGUUCAGUGCUGAGUGUCUGGACAAAAGUUGAGGGUGUUCUAGCAUCUGUCAGUGGCACAAACGUGAAGAUGCAGAUUGUGCGGCUAAGAACGGAAGAUGGGCAACGGAUUGUAGGUUUGAUCAUUCCAGCAAAUUGUGUGUCUCCUCUUGUAAAUCUCCUAUCAACUUCAGACCAGUCUCAACAGCUUGCGGUCCAACAGAAACAGCUAUGGCAACAGCAUCACCCUCAGAGCAUCACCAACUUGAGCAACGCAUAAAGAACAGACAGGUUUCAACAUGGAUGGAUCUGAAAUGCUGUUGAAGCAUAUCAUUUGCAUAAAAAUCAGGGACAGUUUCCAAAGAAUUAUAUAUUUUUUUCAGUUGUGCUCUCUCUAGUUAGUUUUUUUGGAAGUAAGGACAAACCUGGAAUAGAUAGCAAAACUGAAAAUCAGCAGUGCUGAUGGUGGUACAUAUGUCUUUCCUUUUGCUUCUCCCCUGGUACUUCCCAUCUGCUUUUACUUUGGGUGAGCAGAGCGGGAUGUGUGCGUGCGUGUGUGUCAGUCUGUUUGUGAGUGUGUUAAAGGCUACAGACCACAGUUGGUUUAAAAUGCUUGGAACUUCCCAAACUGGCUUUACUUUAUGUUUAUACAGUGCUCAGGGUUAACGCAGUACAUCCAUGCCAUUGCUGUGGGAGGUAUCCCCGGAUGCAUGUGUUUUGAGUCUAUAAAUAUAGAAAAUAUAUAUUGGUUUCUUUUUCCAGCUUAAUAGGUUUAUUAAAGCAUGAAAUGAAAGGUUGCAUAUCAUGCAUUCAGGUUAUUUUCUAAUUUUUGUUCUGACAGUGCAUGUCUUUGAAAGCAUGCGUAAACAAGAUUAACACAGAAGUCGAGUAACAGAGAGAAACAUUUGUUAGAUGUACAGCAUUGGUUAUUGCAUUUUUAUAGUGUUUAUACCUGGGUAUUGCUUCAAAUCCUGCAGACCCCUCCUGCCCCUUCUCCCUGCCCUAGGUUUCUGGUCAAGGUAAUGAGUACAUACAUUUUUCUGUGAUAAAACUCUUAAAAGUUAAUUUUAAUGUAUUAAUAGUAUUCCUAAUGUGUGCUGCAGAAAUGGCUGUAAGCCUCCUAAAUUUACAUUUUCAACUUAAAGGUAGUUUUAGAAAGAAGUACAAAUUGGCUUUCAUCUUGCAAACAAUCGUUUUUUACUUCGUUAUCUUAAUUUACUUUAUCACUCAUAAAAAGGAAACCAUACUUGAGUUGUAGACAAUUGAGGAAACACUUGAGGCUUCUGCUGUAUGUUUUUUUGUUACUGUUAUUGUUACUCAGUAACUUGAAUAUUGUUUAAUGUGUUGUAAGACAUUGUAGAGUUUAUCUCAAGCUGUUAAAAAUGGUAAUGUACAAAUGUGAAUAGACACUUAUCUAUAUAAUAUGGGUAAGUUUUGUUUCGCCUAUAAUAGAUGUUUAUAAAAACAAGUGAGGGGA